AUGUACCCGCGCCUGGCGCUGGCCGCGAGCCCCGGCCGGGCCCCCUUCGCCGAGCCGGGCGCCUUCCUGCCGGGCGCCGGCGCCCCGAUGUUCGCGCCGCCGCGCGCGCCCCCCGCGCUGCCCUACCUGCCGGGCUGCGAGCCGCGCCCGCAGCCGCCCGCGCUCGCCGCGCACGCGGCCUGGGCCCCCGCGGGCCCCGCGGACGCCGCCUUCGGGCCGGGCAGCGCGCAGCCGCCCGGGGCCCCCGCGUUCCCCUUCGCGCACGGCUCCCCGGGCCCCGGCGGCGGCGGCGGGGGCGGCGCGGGGCCCCGGGACGGCGCCGCCUACCCGGGGUCGCUGCUGCCCCGGGAGCCGUACCCGGCGCUGGGGCGGCCCGCGGGCGCCUCGUACCCCACGACCUACCCGGCCUACGGGAGCCCCGACGUGGCUCCGUCCUGGGCCGCCGGACCCCUCGACGGGCUGCACGGCCUGCAGGGCCACCCGGCCGCCCUCGCGGGCCGCAGGGCGGCCUUCGUGUCCGACUUCUUGGAGGAGUUCCCGGGUGAGGGCCGGGAGUGCGUCAACUGCGGGGCCCUGUCCACGCCGCUGUGGCGCCGCGACGGCACCGGCCACUACCUGUGCAACGCUUGCGGCCUCUAUCACAAGAUGAACGGCGUCAACAGGCCGCUAGUGCGGCCACAGAAGCGGCUGUCCUCCUCCCGCCGCAGUGGCCUCUGCUGCUCCAACUGCCACACGGCCACCACCACGCUCUGGCGGCGCAACGCGGAGGGCGAGCCGGUGUGCAACGCCUGCGGCCUCUACAUGAAGCUGCACGGGGUGCCACGGCCACUGGCAAUGAAAAAAGAAAGUAUUCAGACGCGGAAACGGAAGCCCAAGAACACAGCCAAGACCAAGGGCUCCUCAGGAUCCACAGCGAACAUGACAGCUUCCCCGUCUGCCGUCCCCAGCACAGACAGCUCAGCCGCCACUUUGAAAACAGAGGCCAGCCUGGCGUCCCCCACGUGUUCCGGGCCCAGCAUGACCUCCCAGGCAUCCGGCCAGGUGGAGGACCCCCUGGCCCCCAGCCACCUGGAGUUCAAGUUUGAGCCCGAGGACUUUGCCUUCCCAUCCACAGCCCUGGGCCCUCAGGACGGCCUUGGAGGGGCCCCGCGCCAGGACGCCUGGUGUGCUCUGGCCUUGGCCUAGGACCCCGUCAAACUAGCACUGGUGCAGCAUCCCCAGAGCAGCCCACAUCCACCCCUGCACCUGCCUCACUCCAGCACAGCAGAGACCACCAGGCCCACGGGAGAGCCAACCUCCCAAAGGAGCCACAAGUUCCACAGCGUGGCACUUUGUGAACUAACCAGAGCAAGAAGAUGGUUGAGGAAAGGGCUUGCGGCCCACAUGGACAGCUAGGGGCUCCCCAAGCCCUGCAGAAGCCUCUCUGCUGCCCUCAGCCACUUGAACUCUUGCUCCCGCUCACCAUCCACACUGUUCCAGGUUGUGGUAGGUGUCCAAGCAAAACAAAACCCGAGGCAAGGAAGGCAACAAGGUGAGGGGUGGACACAGGCCUCCUCGAACCCCAAGGUCCCCACGUUGGCUGGAGGGAGCCAUGGUGCAGAGUGCUGGCCCUUCAAAGGGUCAGGAGGGCCAGGCAUGUGUGCAGGUUGCACACAGAACUGGACAUCACCCUCAAGGGAACGCCGUCCACCUUGCAAUCAUCAUGAACUUGUGUAUUUAUUUCGAUGUUUAUUCCAGAGAAGGCCGUGAAGGGCCUUGUUCUGAUAGAACCCUUUUGCCGUGACCAUUGCUGGCAGGUAGCAGAAAGCAUCUGCAGGCCUUGUUGAGCCCCACGCAGAGUUUGGGGGUUGCAGUGGAGGUGGCAGGGCCUCAGAGCUAGCUCAGCUGGGACUGUCAGUCAGGCUGCUUUCCCAGCAGACCCCUCCCGCAGCAGCCUGGUCCUCCAGCUCUGUCUCUGGGCUGGAGCUUAGCUGCGGAGGACCUGA